CGCACUCGCACUCGCACUCGCAUUCAUCGCGGCCGCAAUAAAAAAUACCUUUAACUACCUGCCCAAACACUGAAACAACAACAACAACAACAACAGCAACAACAUUAACCAACAACAACACUCGAGACUGGGCCACAUUUGUUGUUGCCGCUAUUGCGGCUUCGGAGCGAUAUGCGGUUAUUCAUGGUAAUUGCAAUUUUAAUAUUUGCAAUGCCAAUGACGGGAUUCGGCUGGGCCGAGGGCACCAACAUUUUACUCGAUCCAAAUCUAAUGUGCAAAAAGUCUCGACGUCUGCGCGGCAAGCUGGCUGACAUCUGCCGGCACGACUCGGCGCUGCUCAAGGAGAUCAUCAAUGGGAUCAACCUGGGCUUCCGCGAAUGCGAGUUUCAGUUUCGCAAUCGUCGCUGGAACUGCACGGUGCUGCGCAAGAGCAUGAGGAAGAUCUUGAUGCGCGAUUCCCGGGAGACGGGCUUUGUGAAUGCCAUAACAGCGGCAGGCGUUACCUAUGCAGUGACCAAGGCCUGCACCAUGGGCCAGCUGGUGGAGUGCUCCUGCGACAAGUCGCACAUGCGCCGCAAUGGCGGCCAGCCCCAAAUGGUGAACGCAGCAACGGCGGAGGCAGCGCUCGAGCGGCAGCAGCAGGCGGCAAUGCUGCGCCAACAGCAGCUUCAGCUGCCACAGCGCAGCCACAGAAACAGCAGCAGCAGCAGCAUAACGGAUUAUUCGCUGGACAGACAACGCAACGGGCAUCGGCCGGGCGGCAGGCGGGGGCGCCGCAAGUUCUGGGACAACAUCAAGUUCCCGCAGGGCGAGUGGGAGUGGGGCGGCUGCAGCGACAAUGUGAACUUCGGGCUGCGGCACUCGCGCGCCUUCCUCGACGCCAAGCAGCGGCAGCGACGCAGCGAUCUGGGCACACUGGUCAAGCUGCACAACAACAAUGCGGGCAGACUGGCGAUACGCGAUGCGAUGCGCUUGGAGUGCAAAUGCCAUGGACUGUCCGGGUCGUGCACGGUGAAAACCUGUUGGCUGAAGAUGCCGCCGUUUCGUGAGAUAUCGGCACGACUGCGCGAUAGGUACGAUGGGGCGCGCAAGGUGGCGCUACGGAACGAUGGCAACAGCUUUAUGCCCGAGACGCCGCACACGAAGCCGGCGAACAAAUACCAGCUGGUCUAUGCCGACGACUCGCCCGACUUUUGCACAGCGAACCCGAAGACCGGAGCGCUGGGCACCCAGGACAGGGAGUGCAAUGCCACCUCGACGGGCCCCGACAGCUGCGAUCAGCUCUGCUGCAGUCGGGGCCACAAGCAUCGCGUCGUUACCGAGUGGACCAACUGCAACUGCGUCUUCAAAUGGUGCUGCGAGGUGACGUGCGAGAAGUGCCUGGAGCACCGUGAGGUUAACACCUGUCUCUAGAUGCGGCCGUGGCUGGGGGGGGGUACGGGUAUUUGAUUUUUGGGGUUUCAGUUUCGGCAUAGUCAUGAACACAUUUGAAAGCUUUCCAUUUCGCGUGAUAAACAACAGUUUGAAACACACCAUGUUUUGCUGCAGUCCACAUUUAAGUAUUAACUAACACUAGAGAGUAGGUGAAACAAAGAAAAACACACAAUUUUAUUUUAGCCAGGCUCUAGGCCAAACUAGCUGUAAAUACUACUUAUAUAUAUCCUCAAUAGUAUGAACCAUGUAAGCCUGUAAAUAGUCGUAAUAAAGAACAUGCAAGAAAAACAAA